AUGUCGCAAGAUCCUGCAGCGGGUCCGCCGUCGCCCAUGUCCCCUUCACAUGAGGAAGUCUUGCUCAACCGCCGCAUCGCUGAGCUCGAGCACGAAAAGGCGGUUCUCCUAGAGCGAGCUUCCAAUGCUCAGACGAGCUUGACUGAAGCCAACGCACGCGCCGUAGCUGCCCGUCAACAUGCCGCCGCAUGCGAAGCCGAGCAGAAAGCAGCAACCGCUCGCGCCCAGGCUCGCUAUGCCGAAAAGAUACACGCCAAUAACGAGUCCAGGAAUCUUCAGAAAUUGAUCGAGCUACAGAAGUUCGACCUGCGAGAUUACCACAUCAAAUCUGACAGGACCUUCAAGUGCCUGAAGUCCAGGAUUGCAGAACUGGAGGCCAACCGAGGCGAUGGCAGGCCGUCUUUCGAACACCUGGCCGAAACCCAGAAGCUCCGAGAAGACCUUGAACAGUCGCGCAAUGAACUCUCGGCGGCUCUGACAGAACAUGCGGGGCUUAAAGCCGAAUCGGAGUAUAGGUCUACGCAGAUGAAGGCUCUUAUCAUGAAAUUGAACAGGAACCUCGAGGAAGAGAAAGCAAAGGCUGUGGCGACGGCCGAAGAAGUCACGACUCGCAUUGAAGCCUGCAAGGCUGACACGGUGGAAGUCACCAGUGCCAAGUACAUCGGCCAGAUGAAGAAGAUGGAAGAGGAUCACAAGUCUCAGUUGGCGCAAGCAACACGCAAGUCGCAGGAUCGACUGAAGGAGGCCGAAGCCCAGUGGCUCACGAAGGGCAAGCACAUCGUAGAGUAUAAUAGCCAUCUGAAACGCCAGCUGGAGGAAGCGCAUAAGCAAAUGCAGCAACGCAAUCAGCAACUACAAGCAGCUAUGAACAUGCGCAGCAAUCAGCAGAAUCUUCAGCAGCAGAAUCUCCAGGGGGGGCCACACGGUCAACAGAAUUCUCCCCAGCAGUCCUUCACCUCAAACAAGCGGAUGAGGCACGAUUCCAUCAGCGCCAUGAAUCCAAACGGCGAGUUUGCGAUGCAGGGUCAUAAUUACAUGAUGUCACCACAUGGAACCCAUCAACGCCGGGUGUCGCAGCUGUCAAACGGCUCCCCGGGACCAAUGACACCCACGCAACGUUUCCGACAAGAGCAUAAUGGUGGCUCCAAUGGAUCCCCGGUUGGCCAUGGUGGUUCGCCUCAACAUCGUCAACUACAGCAGGUGCAGCAGCAACCCCAAGUUGAUUACUGGUCGCAUCCGGAGCACAGCCAGCUUCUGCAGGAUGUACAGUCGAGCAACAUGGGGGGUCAGCUUCCCAGUUCAGCAGCAUUCCCAGAGCACAGUCAGCUCCUGCAAGCUGUACCGUCGAGCAACACGGGAGUUCAGCGUCCGAAUCAGGCUGCAUUCCCCAACCAAAGCCAGAACACGAUGCCCAUGGACCUGCAGGAUUGGACUAUGCCGCUGCUCCCGAUGGAUGACAUUGAAGAUACAGUCCAGUCAUUUGGCACGGGUAUGAUGGACGCGAACUUACAGUUCCCACAACAAGGUAUGGACGCAAACUUACAGUUCCCACAAGGAGGGAUGCUUGACAACGGGAACAUGAUGGACAAUGGAAACAUGAUGCAAGACUUCAACCUCUUCCCGCCCGCCGAUUUCACCACCUCUACCUCUCUCGACACACAACCCAUACAGUCCCUGCAGCAGCCCCAAGCAUCCACAACCCCAGAGGUAGAGCACCCCACCCCCAACCUCGCAUCAUCCUCUCACUCCACCCCAGCCCCCACGGCGACAGCGCCAAGGCGCAGACUCCCGCCACCCACCUCGCCAGCCAAAGUGCCUUGUGUGAACUGCUACAAGCACUGGUGGGACGUCGAGUGUGACCAGGGAGAACCAUGCGCAAACUGUGCGGCCGAGCACGCCGACUGCGUCCGUCAGCGUUGCUUUCACUUCGCUGCUGGUACAUGUCCCAAGGGUCUAAGGUGUCCGAAUGUUCAUGAGGGUGAUGAGAGAUUCCGGGAUGGUAGGUUUCUUGUUGAUCAGGGUGCGGCGGGGAAGCGGCCGGGUCGGGUGGGGAAGAGGAGUGAUGCUGAGGUCGCUCCGAUUUUGAGGCAGUGA